UGGUUCAUACUACGAAGUUGGCGUUCUUCAGUGUUCUCGAUGAAAAAUUAUAUGAAAAUUAAAUUGUUUUCUUUCUUUUGCAACACUCGCCAGUUGCGACAUAUUUCGUAAUUCGUUAUUAUCUUAGAAAUAAAUGUUCUGAGGAUUUAUUGAUUAUAUUGUUUACUUUACGGACAUAAUUAUUGCAAAAAAGUAAUUAAGUGUACUUGAAAAUCUCUUAUUUGGCUAAACAGUAUAGGAAUAGAAUAUUAGUGCUUGUUACGAACGAUCUGCGCAAUAUCUUGAAGUGGAUAUCUUACUAUUGAAACGUAAUUGAAAAUGUCUACCAGAAGGGCUAGAAUAAAGGCCGUGACGGCGCUGCCACCAAGAAGAAAGAAUGGUGGUACUAAAAAUCAGCAACAGCCGAAAGAAUUUGAAACUAAACAAAUGAAAUCACCACGCUCAUUUGCUCACUAUGAUCUUGAUAUUGGAGCUAUCUCGCCUCGUAGCUAUUCAAAUACCAAUAAACAUAAUAAUGUUAAGCCUUCCGGCACAUUGCAAUCUAAUAUAUUUUCACCACCGCAAAGUAUUGCCCCUUCAAAGGAGGUUGAAAUCGGUCCUAUAACCUCUUCAAAUAAGGUGGAAAUUAAGAAUGUGUUUGCAUCACCUCUGUCUAGACCUAACCUGAAAAGAACAUAUGCAUCCCCUAGAAGACAAUCACCCCAUAAUGUGAGCAGUACUUCCCAAAAUCAAAAGACCCCCACAUACUACCAAUCAGGACACAAUAAAGUUCCUCAGUUGAUACAUAAUAGUGCAUUGAGUGAAGUCACACAGAAUACAUCUGUUAGAAAUAAAGGUGAUUAUGAUUUCCAAGUCCCCAGUGUUUCAGAAAGUAUUUCUGAUGAUCCCAUGGAUGGUAUUAUCCCUUUACAACCAGCCCUUUCUGCCUCAAAGCCUAAUGAAGCAUUAAAGAGUCAAAUAACAUCUGAGAACGCUGAAGUGGUAUUUGAUCCUAUUGUACCACUGCCAUCACCUAGUAAAUUGAGGCCAAAACUUAAACCUGUACCUAGAUUGGGCCCUAGAAGGAACAGCAUACAGGGUAGUGCAAGUGAAUCGGAGGAUGAUACUCGCCGAAGUCUGUUUAGUGGUGGCAUAGCGACACCCGCUCCAUCUAGACAAAGACAUGAUUCACAUACCACUCACACAUCAGCAAGGUCUCAAAUAUGUCUUCGAAACUAUCCAUUGGGGGCUCUUAGUCCCAGUAGAGCUACAGAAGCUUUGGCUACUACAUCACCCAAUAAGGAAAAGACUUCAUAUCAGAGGUGUAGGCGCACAGAGGUGAACAAGAGAUUGAUGACGAUGAAGAGACGACGGGAGGCUUUGAAUCGGGAAGUGCUCACUAUGUAUGAUCUUAUCUUCUUCAAUCCGUCGAAUAACCCUAUCGUGCCAAACGAAGAUGAAAUUAAAGCAAGAGAAGAAGCAGCAAAGGAUGCGCAAAGAGCGCAGCUUGAAAAAGGGAAAGAAAAAGAAAGAGAGGAAGUCAUAGAGAUAGAGGACAGCGAUGCUGCACCAGUACCACAAAUUAAGUUGGGUGCUGAUGGCAAAAUUAUUUUGGAUGAGAAUAGUUUGCUUAUCAACCAAACGAGCACGGCUAAAGUAUCAUCAGUUGUACGCGAGGGUGGGUGGGUACCGACCCGGGGACAGUACAAACGAAAACCGCGUUCUCGAGACUGGAAUUCGCAAGAAACAAUCCGGUUCUACAAGGCUUUGGCCGUUAUUGGCACAGACUUCACACUCAUGGGCCCAUGCUUCCCUGAUAGGACGAGGAGGGAACUUAAAGUCAAGUUCAAAAAAGAAGAGAAAUCUAACGGGGCCCUCAUAGACAAGGCACUCGCUUCAGGAUUCGUAUGGGACGGUGAGUCACUUAGCGAGGAAUUUGCUCUGGAACGAGAGGAAGAGAAGAAGAAAGCUGAAGAAGCGAAACAGAAGCUUAUUGAAGAAAAAGAGGCGGAGAAACAAAGAAUGCGUGCCGCUAAAUUGCAGAAAGUGCGGAGGAGUCGGGCAUCUAAGGCAUUGGAAAUUUGCUCAGUUCCCGGCUUCAAUAGAAGACGUAAAAAUGUAAUUACAUCAGCCAAAGAAGCAAUCGAGUGGGCUAAAGAGUCAAGACCAGAGUUGUUGGAGGAAAAGUUUUUGUCACAGAGACAACCCGAUUCAACGCCCGAUGCGAAUGAAACAGACGCUAUAAAUACUACAGUUAAUAACACUACCCCAGUACAGGAUGUGGCAACUGUAACAAAAAUAACUCCAACAAAAGCACCUAGUACUGUGACAGCAUUAGAUAAGGUACCGACCAAUAUUGAAAUGGGAUCACUGAUUGUUUUGACAGUUGAUGAUCCAAAUUGUCCGGGCAAAAAAAUGUUGCAAACGUACAUCGCCCAUGAGCCGGGCAAAUUGAAACAGGUUGCUCUACCACCUCAUUUACUCAACACUGUCAUUGGGUAUAUGAAAAAGGAUACUUCUAAAAGUGUUGCUUCCAGUUCCUCUUCGCCACACUUCACGUCUCCGAACAGUGUUGCAAGUGCUGAGAGUAGUAGCACCAAUACAUCACGGAAGCGAGAGAAUUCCUUUUCAAUUACGCAGUUGUAAUGUUUUUAUUCGGAAUUGUAAAAAUAUGAUGCUCUUUUGAUUUCCGAAUUGUGACAGGUUAGAAGAUUCUGACUAUGUGGUUAUUUUUUAUAAGAACCCUAAACACUAUCAGUGCUGAUCCGAAUUAUAUGUAGGGGAAAUACCCCGAAUACGGACCCAUAUGCAAAAAUAAAAAAUAUCUGUACUAG